CGUGAGAUGGCGUGAAGUUGGCCGUGAAGCUUGUCGUACAUCUGGCCGUGAAGCUCGUCGUACAUCUGGCAGGUUGUUUUGUUUACAUCUUGACACCUGAGUCCUGGGCCCUGACCUGACCAACACUGUGCACUGUCUGGUGUAUUUAUGAGUAUAGUACAGUACUUACUAUACUGUAUAUUGAUUGCUGCAGAAGAACCUGAAAAGGAAGUCGUUAGGAAUUAUCACCUGGGAAAAACGAAGGAAAGAAGAAAUGAGAAAAUACUUCGUGAAGCAGGUGACUAAAAAGCAGUUGAUAUCAUGUGGAUUGCUUGCAGUGGCUUGUAUCGGAGUUAUUGCAAUAGGCCUUGGUGUUGGCCUUCAACCAAGCAAUAAUGAUGUCACUCUCAAUCAGGUACCUGGACAGGAAUCACGUGAAAGGUCAGGGUUGUUUGAGGCUUGGGAUGAUACUCAAGCCAGAAUUAUCCCAACAGUACCACCACCAUCACCAACAGUGCUGGGAAAGUAUGGCACAGCAGCUGUCAGUGCUGAUGGUGCGCCCUGUGCUCAAAUUGCAACAGAAAUUCUUCAAAAGAAUGGUAGUGCAGCUGAUGCCACCAUAGCUGGACUAUUUUGUGUGGGGGUGGUCAAUACACAGUCAAUGGGUCUUGGAGGUGGCUUCUUCAUGACAUACUAUGACCGUGCCACGGGCAAGGCAUACUCCCUGAAUGCCAGAGAGAGUGCUGCAGCUGCUGCAUAUGAAGAUAUGUAUCACGGCAAUGGGAACUUAAUGGAAGUAGCCAAAAGAAGGUGGUGGGCCGACACAAAACCAAGUCUCAAAGGUGGCUUGGCUGUAGCUGUGCCUGGUGAGCUGCGUGGCUACUAUCAACUGUAUGAGAGAUUUGGUGGCAAAAUUCCCUGGGCUGAUCUGAUAGAUCCCACAAUUAAGCUGUGUGAAGAAGGCCACAGAGUUAACUGGCACAUGGCAAGGGCACUGAAGUUUAAUGCAAAGGCUAUCAAGAACGAACCAAGCAUGAGUGUUUUUAUUAACCCUGACACUAAAGAUGUGUAUCAAGAGGGUGACAUCCUCAAGAGGCCACAACUAUCUGAGACUCUGCGAGUAAUUCAGAAUGACCCUGAUGCUCUUUACACAGGUCAAUUGGCUUACAAACUAGCUCAAGAUAUCCAAAGCUUUGGUGGCAUUAUCACAGCAGAAGAUUUACGCAGAUAUACACCAGUUUGGAAAGAUGCAGUGAAUGUGAGUAUUGAGCAGGGUGACUACACAUUAUACUCUGUUCCACCGCCUGGCUCUGGUCUCAUUGUGGGGUUCAUUCUCAACAUUAUGGAUGAGUAUAAACUCACUCCUGAUAGCAUGAAUGAGAAAAAUAUUAUUCUAACACACCAGCGGCUUACUGAGGCCAUGAAGUGGGCUUAUGCUAAGAGGACAGAAUUAGGAGAUGCUGACUUUGUCGACAUGACUGAACUCACACGGAACUUGACUUCUGAUGACUUUGCCAAAAGUAUUCGCAAUCAAAUUAUGGAUAACUAUACUUUCCAAGAUCCUGAACAUUAUGGUGCCAUUACCUCUGUACAGGAUAAUCAUGGCACUGCCCACUUUUCUCUUCUUGCUCCUAAUGGUGAUGCAGUAUCUGUUACCAGCACUGUCAACUUAUAUUUUGGUGCUGGGAUCAGAUCAUUGCAGACCGGUAUUGUGCUCAACGAUGAGAUGGAUGAUUUCUCGGCUCCUAACAUCACCAGUUUCUUUGGCAUUCCUCCAUCACCAGCAAAUUUCAUCAGACCUGGGAAGCGACCCUUGUCUUCUAUGUGCCCAGUUGUGUUAGUAGAUAAAAAUGGGGAUGUCCGCUUAGUCGUUGGUGCUGCAGGAGGAACGAAGAUCUCCUCGGCAGUGGCGUGGGUUUCAAUCCGCAACUUGUGGUUGGGAAACAACAUAAAAGAAGCUGUUGAUGCACGCAGAAUCCACCACCAACUAUUUCCCAUGGAACUUAAUUAUGAGGAUGGAACUUUGUCUGAAAUUGUUGAUGGUCUACAGGCAAUUGGCCACAAGACGAAACAAUUUGGUGUAGGAGGGUCUGUGAUUUGUGCCAUUGCCCGUGAACAAGAUGGAAAAAUUUACGCAAACUCCGAUUUUAGAAAAUCUGGCGAAGUUGAUGGGUUUUAAGUACUGUAUAGAGUACAGAAAAAUUGUAAUUGUGUUCAAGUUCUAAAGCAUGUACAGUAAAAAUAAAUUAUGACAAUUACUUUUCUCAUGAUCAAUUAAUGACUGUACAGUACAGAUUUUUGGUACUGUACAGUAUUAAUAUAUAUAUAUACAGAAUACUUUAUAUAUAUAUUAUGUUAUAUUCUCUGUAUAUAUAAUUCUUGUAUUCUACACAGUACCCUUUACUUGUAAAACAUUUUUAACGCUGAUUUUAAGACUUGGGCUUGAAGUACUGUAUGAGAAUUGUUUUAAAUUAUGUAACACAUUACAAAUUACUACUUAAUGGUUAACUCAGUUGCUGGGGGCAUGACACAUAAUUCAUGUCCUCCACCAUUUAUGGUGUACUGUACAUAUAACUUCUACUUCCUGAGUUUUCUUCAUUGUUUACACCAUCAUCAUGAUUUUUAAACGAACAUUUCCAAAUUAUUUCAUGCAUGCACUUUUUAUGAUUUUUUAAAAAUAUAUUUUAAAUUAAAUUAUUUAGUAUUUAACUACAGUAUAGUAAUUACAUAAAGGAAAGGUUAAAGAGAAUUACCUUACAUAGAUUGUAGCAAUAUCCUUGAAGGUAUCUGGAGGUGACCUUUUGAAGACAUCCUCUUUGGACUAAUAACCUUGGAAGACAACUUGUGAGAGAUGUCCUCAUCUGUGUAAUACAGAACUGAUUAUUAUUUGAAUAACCUGUUAAGCCACAAACACAUUCAGUCAAAAUCCAAGACUCAUAUCCUAAAGCCAUUAUUUUAACAAACAGGUCCAGUACAGUGCUCAGUUUCUAUGAACUAUUAUGCUGUAUAAUAGAGAGAAGUGGUAGAUGAGGGUUUUAUAUAACCCCUUCACUAAUACCAGACAAUUUUAUUCAUCAGAGAGGGACCUUCUUACAUAAGGGGUUAAGGAUACUUUAUAAAGCCAGAAAAAGUGCUAUGACCAUAUUAAAUUGUAUUUCCCUCUAAUUUCAAAAUUCUUUUCCCUAUUUCAUUAUGGGACAAUUUAUCCUCAAUUAGUGUGAGAAUGUUAGCUAUUAUAUAUGGAUCAUGAAUAUUUAUUUUUUCAUCAAUAUUUUUUAUAAUCCCCCCCUCCCAAUAAAUGUGCCCUGUAAUCAAAUAUGUACUAUACUUUUGUCGACAUGACUUAUUUAAUCAAAUGGGUCAAUUUAUAGCUGCCGUCAAUUUUAAUUUGAACAAAUUGUGAUACUGUACUGUAUACAGUACUGGAAAACAUGUUAUUCUUUAAUCUGUGGAAUGUGAUUACCUUUGGAGAAAAUGAGCAGUUCUCACACAGUCUGACUUCUCUGAACUAAUGAGGUUUUACAGUAUCUUGAAAUCACUGUAAAUAUGUAUUGUACCUGUAUAUUGUACAAUAAUUAAUUAAUAAAUAAAGUUAAAUGAAAGUAAA